GACUUUUCCCUUCCAGCUCCCAGCGGAUUCGCGUAUCCUCGGUAUUCACGACACUUCUAGCACCCGCGAGUCAAGGCGUGUCUAGCGUAGUAGAAACCGUAGCAGCCGGCGUCAGGAGUAGUAUGAGCAGGCCCAACUCAGCAACACAGCUUUCGACUGAAAUAUCGAAUUCCAAAAGUCCCCGUCGUAGCGCUGUGCACGUCCACAUCGAAACCGAACUGUCGAAAAUCAUGCUUCCGCGCGACCGACGCGGCGAAAGCGGAAAUAGUUCCGGCGGCGAGCCACCGCGACGACCGGCGUCCGAUCUUAGCGCCGUGCCAAACCGCCGGCGAUUCGCGGAAAAGCCGUUCGGAGAGCUUCGCGUGAAACCGUCGCACUCGUCGCCACAGUCGUCGCCGGGCGACCGUCGGCGGUUCAAAGCGGCAGAUCUCGACAAACAGCGCGACCGCGAAGACGACGACGAAGACGACAACGACGUCAGGUUCUCGCGAAGGCUUUCGGGCCAGUCGCGAAUCUCUUCUUCAUUAUUAAAAUCCCGCAAAAAGCGGCCCUCGCCCAAAGCGCCGAACGCGGCGCCUCGAGGGUGCAUCAUCGACAUCAACGCGAGCCCAAGGAAGGGGGGGAGCCCAACGAAGAGGCGACGCGUAGACGCGAGCGGCCGCACCGCCGCCACAGCCGCCGCUACAGCCGCGGCUACAGCCACCGCCAUGGGAGUGGGGCAGACGUCCUCUCAGCUUUGCGACCUUAUUCGGCGUCUGCCCUCGCCAACUCCGGAGUGGAUUCGACCUGCGUUCUCCCAGGGGCCCAGCUUGAAUCCCGAAACAAAGACGGAGACUCAGGAGUUGCUGCAGAUGCAAGCAACUAGUAAGUUGGAGGCUCAGACCCAGACUGCUCAGGCUGUUCAGGCUCAGGCGCGGCAAAUGCGGCAAAUGCAAACGCAGAUGCAGAAUCAGAGGCAGCUCGGCCUGGCAAGUCAGGGAGAUCCGGAGGAGCCCACGGCAGUCGGUGCCUACUUUUCAAGAGGCCACCCCUUGAACUACACCCCUGGUACAGCUACCGCUGCUGCUACCACUGCUCCUGCUGCUGCCGCUGCUGCUGUUGCUGGUUUUGAUGCGUCAGCGAUAGCUGAAGCCAUCAUGCGGCAGAGGGGGAUGGGAAUGGGUCAACCUCAGCGCUUCACUCACCCUGAAUCCGAGGCUCGGACUCAGACGCCUGCGUGGCCUGGGCCCGAGGCAUGGACUCAGAGGCCUGGGUCCCAUGCUCGAAAUCAGAGGCCUGGGUCCGACGCUCGAAAUCAGAGGCAUGGGUCCGAGCCUGUGAGUCAGGGCCUGUGCAAGGCAACAGCAGCAGCAACACCAGCAGCAGCAGCUGCAGCAGCAACAGGAGCAGCAGCAGGAAGCAGCAGCAGCGUGAGUGGUCACUGCACGGAAUCAUCAUCAGAUGCAGCAAGCAUCGGCGUUACGACAAUUAGCGAUGCGCUUGGGUAUCUCAAGGUCCAUUGGAGCACCAGUGCGGCUACUGCAACUACUGCUGCUGCUACUACUGCUGCUACUACUAUGGCCGCGGCUGCAGAUCAUCCCCAUCCGCCUAAUUUCUCUAUGCCUAAUGCCUUGCUCUCAACAGCGACAGCGACAGCAACAGCAAGUGUCGCCCUGCCGAAUUUCUCCCUCAUCCCUUCAAUCAUGGCCGCCACUGCCGCCGCCAAAGCCGCAUCUUGCCCCGUGCUCUCCCGGGCCAACACGGCGCCGCCUCGCAGCAGCAACUUCGGCACAACUGCAGCAGCAGCAGCAGCAGCAGGAGCAGCAGCAGCAGGAGCUGCGGGGUUCCCUGCUGCCACGUCACCCACCUACUCAGCUCGCCCAUUCCCCGCAUCCUCCAGCACCCCUGGCGCUAGUAAGCCCGCUUCUGCAGCCGCCCUUGCACGGGCCGAGAGCGCAUGGCUUCCUCCAGUCCCUGUCUCAUGGCUCCCUGCGGUCCCUAGCGCCUCCACUGCUGUGGCUGGAGCAGGCACAGGCAGAGCAGGUGCGGCCGAAGCGGUGCCAGCAACAGCAGCAGGAGCAGCAGCAGGAGGAGCGGCACCGGCAGGCAUGGGCAGCAGCAUGUCAGUGGCAUCGAUGCCCGCGCUGCGCGUGUCGUCGGACAGCAGCCGCCUGGUGGUGCCCCGCAGCGCAUGGGCUCAAGGCCUGGUGGUCGACCACAUGCUGGGGCGGCAUGUUUCUGCUGCUGCUGUACCCGCGCUUGCUGAUGCGCCGUUUGCGUCCGAGUCUAUUCCUGCUGCGUCUGCUGCUGCUGCUGCUGCUGCUUCUGCUGCUGUGUUUGCUGGUGAUCCCGCCUUUGCCCUCCCAGCCCACCCUUCCUCUGCAGCGUCACCUCAUCUUGCGACUGCUCCCUUCUCUCAUCCUGCCUUCUCCGCCUCAUCAGCAGCCGGUCUUCCUUUCUUCUCAUCAACCCUUGCUGCCUCUGCCUCGUGCUUGCAUGGAGGACUGCCCCCCCCCUCCCAUGAUUUGGCCCCGGAUUUUCUUGCUCAGAUGCCGCCUGAGCUGCUGCCACAGAUGCCACCUUCCCUUCUAGCACAGAUGCCUCCUGAGCUGCUCGCACAUAUACCACCUUCCCUCCUGCUGCAGUUGCACCUGCAGGCGUUGCGAAUGGCCGAGCUCAGGUCCCCUCCUCUCCCUUUCGAGGCGCCGCAGAACAGAGCGGCUCCUCCUUUGCCUGACACAGCAGCCGCAACUCCUUCGCUUGACAGAGCAGAACCCUCUUUGCCCGUCAGAGCUGACCAAUCCCCAGGGCUCAGCCCUCCGGCUGACAGCCCCCAGGCAGCAGCAAGCAGGGACUGCAUGGGAGGUCUGCGGAUUCCCAUGGCUCAGCCCCCACGUGAGCUCAAGAUUGCUGAGGUGGAUGUUGCAUCGCUAGGGACCAAGGCACUGGGAAGGGGCCAGGCCAAGCAGGCAAAUGAGGGCCUAAGUGUUAGGGGUGACGGUGGCUAUGGGAAGCAGGAAGGUGGCAUGGAGAGGGGUGGAAGAGACGAGGAGGAGAAGCAGGAAGGAGUCUAUAUUUUUGGGCAGCUGAUCUCCCCCGGGACUGAGAGACUGCAAGCAGCAGCCUUAAAGAAAUGACUAGUUAGACCCUGGUUUUGCAGAAGGAGGUGGUAGUUUUCCCUGGGCUGAAAAACCCAUGGUUUGGGUUUUUACCAUGGUUCAGUUUUUUUUUUUACCAUGGUUUUGGGUUUACCGUUUUGGCCUUGCACAGGGGGCUCUAAAGAAAAUACAUUAAAAAUA